AUGGGUCAGCAUUACAAGCCCUCUAUUGACGCUGCCGUCGUCAGAGUCUUCGUCCUCGAGACUGACACUCCUCACCCUCAUACCCAGACCGAGAAAGGCUCGUUCGGCGAGAUUCUGCACACUCACUUCUCACGGGCUGGCAGUAAACAUCAUCCUCCUCUGGGUGUUGAGACAGAGCAAGUCUUUGUCGUGACCGAAGAGGGCGGCCGCAUGCCAAAGGUGGAAGAAUUCGAAAACUACGAUGGUCUGCUCAUCACAGGGAGUAUGUAUGACGCACACGGCGACAACCCUUGGAUUCACGAGUUACUCAACCUUUUGAAGCAACUGUGGAUAAAGCGCCCAGACUUUCACUUCACAGGUGUUUGCUUCGGUCACCAGAUCCUCAACCGUCUUCUAGGAGGCAAAGUCGGUCCCUCGCCUACAGAUGACUGGGAACUAGGCCACAACGCCAUCAAAUUAACACCCGUUGGCAAGCGUCUCUUCCGUACCCACGAUGACAAGAUCUUCCUUCACCAAAUGCACCAAGACCAAGUCCUCGAGGCUCCCACCAUCGAGUCAGCCAAGGGCUUGCUCGAGCCCGACACAGACAUCCACGUCUGGGGCACAAGCAGCCAUACUUCCAUCCAGGGUGUGUACAUCCCUAACCGGCUCUUCACUACGCAGGCGCAUCUGGCUUUUGAUGAGGACAUGGUCAAGAGGCAGAUCCAGAUGAGAAUCGACAGCGGUGGGAUUAAGGAUCUGGAGCAUGCGGAUAAGGCGGCCGAGACGGCGGAUCUGGAACACGAUGGAGAGCAGGUUGCGUCAGCGAUUCUGAGGUUGUUUAGGUUCGACGAUGAUGGCAUGUCAUGGGACUGA